AUGGGAUCCAACAUGAGGACAUACUGGAUCCUGGUGUGUAUAGUUGGUCUCCUAGCGCAAGGUAUUGCGCAGGAGGAGCUAGAUUGGUGGGAGACUACUGUUUUCUAUCAGAUCUAUCCCAGGUCUUUCAAAGACAGCGAUGGUGACGGCAUUGGCGAUCUCAAUGGUAUUACUUCACAGCUUAAAUAUUUGAAGGAAUUGGGUGUCGGUGCAACUUGGCUUUCGCCCAUCUUCAAAUCACCAAUGUACGACUUUGGAUAUGACAUCUCGGACUUUUACGAUAUUCAAGAUGAAUAUGGAACAAUGGAAGAUUUUGAAAAUUUACUUUCUGAGGCUAAGGAACUAGAUAUUAAAAUAAUUCUGGAUUUCGUACCAAACCAUGGAAGCAAUGAAAGUGUUUGGUUUGAAGAAGCUCUGAGAGGACACGAAAAGUAUUAUGAUUACUUCGUGUGGGAAGACGGUGUAGAAGAUGAGAAUGGAAACCUCCAACCACCAAAUAACUGGAGAAGUGUCUUUCGUAAAAGUGCUUGGGAAUAUAGAGAAGAAGUUGGUAAAUAUUAUCUGCAUCAGUUUGUCAUCGGUCAACCUGAUCUCAACUAUCGCAAUCCGGACGUGGUCGAGGAAAUGAAGAAUGUCAUCAGAUUCUGGUUGGACAAAGGUGUUGCUGGAUUUAGGGUUGAUGCAAUCGCUCAUUUGUUUGAAGUCGACAAGGAACUAUUCGAUGGAAAGUACCCUGAUGAGCCUUUAACUGGCAAUGAUGACCCGGACAGCUAUGAUUAUGUUGAUCACAUCUACACUAAGGACCAAGACGAAACUUUUGAUAUGGUGUAUCAAUGGAGAGAAGUAUUUGACGAAUACAAGGCAAAAGACGGCUUAACAAGGGUAAUGAUGACUGAAGCCUACUCGAGUCCUCAACUGACGAUGAGAUACUUCGGUGAAGGCGAUCGGGAGGGUGCUCAGAUGCCCUUCAAUUUUGUUCUCAUAUCUGACGUCAACGGAAAAUCUAGUGCACAUGAAAUCAAGUACGCUCUUGACAAAUUUAUGACCUUCAAACCUGUUGACAAAUUAGCGAACUGGGUGGCUGGCAACCAUGAUAACAAUAGAGUAGCAUCUCGAUUCAGCCCUGAAUUAGUGGAUGGAAUCAACAUGAUUGUUUUACUUCUUCCUGGUGUAGCUGUUACAUACAUGGGUGAGGAGAUUGGCAUGGUAGAUGGAUUCAUCAGCUGGGAGGACACAGUGGACCCGAGCGGUUGCAACACUGAUGACCCUAUCAACUAUGUGUACUCGUCCAGAGACCCCGAGAGAACGCCCUUCCAAUGGAAUGCAGACAAAAAUGCUGGUUUCUCGGACGCAAACAAAACAUGGUUGCCUGUCGCUGAUGGCUAUGAGACGUUGAACGUAGAAGUACAGAGGAAUACUGAUCAAUCACAUCUCAACGUGUACAAAGCUCUUGUGCAGUUAAGAGGGCAGCAAGCCUUUAGACACGGACGAUAUGAAUCGUUGGCGUUAAACUCAGAUGUCUUCGCUUUUAAGAGGUGGUACAACAGUGAGAACUACGUAGUGGUGGUGAACUUCAGGAGCCAAGAGUACACCGUCGACCUGACCUACUUCGACAAUGUCAUCGGGGAUUUAGAAGUGGUCAUCAGCAGUAUCCAGUCACCCAAGACCGAGGGAACAAUCGUUCAGGCUGAUCGCGUGGAGGUGCUUGGAAGCGAAUCUUUAGUUUUGAAAGUAAAAUAG